AUGCAACAGCCAACAACGCCAGCGUUCAGCCAGCGAAGCUCGAUGCCCCCAAGUCGUCCAGACACUCCGCGGCCUCCUGUCGAUUCCACGCCGUCGACACCCUACGCGGCAGAUGUGCUUCAGGACUACAUCCAACAGAGCAUCGAGCAGAGACUGCCACCGCCACCACCAGCGCCAGCACCAGAACAAGAUCAGAUCCGCCAGAGUGUCGAGCCCGAGCUACCCCCACCGAACUGGGCACGCGAGUUGACACCCGCAUAUGUCGACCGUUCAUUGACGCCAUCUCCAUUGUCUAGACGGGACAACACAGAUGUCGAGAUGAAAGAUAUUUCCCCAACACUCUUGCCAGGAGACUUUGGACGAGAAAUGUCGCUCCCGCCGCCAACCUCUGAACCUAUCCCUUCCCUUGAUCAGCACCGCCCCGUCGUGUCGGCGCCCACAAGACCAGCUCCUCCUCCCAUUCUAGAUGACGGGGUUGUUAUGAUCAAGCAACCCAAGCGAGGCGAGCGGCGCAAGUCGGCCGUGCACGGCGCGAAAGUCGAGAAGCGCUCGGCGACGGGCUCGCCGGCGAAACCAAAAAGUCGGAACGUGACCAGGAAGCCGACGGCGUCGGUGGGGAGGUUGGUGGAAAAGGCCAAAAAGAAGGCGAGAGAAGCUGCUGACGAGGCUGCUGAAGGAGCAGUAACGGGAGCAGAACAGGUCCAAGGGACUAGCAUGCGGCAUCCCUCGCUAUCGGACAAGAAGGCGGCAAAACACGGAGGUAAAGUCGCCGCCGCGGUGGAGAGAAUCGAACGACAGGUCAAACAGCAAGAUGCGGAGCAGAGUCUCAAGCAGAAGGACGGGACGGCGGUGAGGAGGAGUCGGCGUGCGAAUAAGGGGGUUCGGACUUCGUUUGGAUAUACUUGA